AUGUCGUCUAACACGGGCUCCUUCACGGAGUUCUUCGAACACAUCAUGACCCCCUCGGCACCCGUCAUCCUCAUCGGCGUCGCCAUCGUCCUCCUCUUCCCGGUCCUCCUGCACUUCAUCCUCGUCAAGUCGACCCCGUACACGACCCUCCCCUCCGUCCUCCUCCUCGGCCCCUCCGGCGCCGGCAAGACCGCCCUCCUCACCCUCCUCGAGCGCGGCGACAGCCCCGCGGCCACCCACACCAGCCAGCGCCCCAAGACGGUCGAGCUUACGGCCUCGCGCGACAGCAAGACCAAGCACAGCUUCCGCAACCAGGAGGACACGAGCGGCACGCACACAAAGUUCCUCCUCGUCGACACCCCCGGCCACGGCAAGCUCCGCAACUUCGCCUUCGGCAAGCUCGCCAACAGCUCCUCGGAGAAGUCCAAGCUCAAGUCCAUCGUCUUCAUGGUCGACGCCGCCGCCAUCAGCGAGAACGAGGUCCUCGCGCCCACCGCCGGCUACCUCUACGACGUCCUCCUCGGUCUUCAGAAGCGCGCUUCGUCGAGCAAGUCGUCCAAGCCUCCCGCGCCGAUUCCCGUGCUGGUUGCCGCGAACAAGAUCGACCUCUUCACUGCGCUCCCUGGUGCUCUUGUCAAGACGAGUCUCGAGGCGGAGAUCACCCGGAUACGUGCCUCGCGCAGCAAGGGUCUCCUGGAUUCUGGCGUCGGUAUAGACGAUAUUGGCUCUGAGGAGCACGACGACUGGCUGGGCGCGUACGGUACCGAAAAGUUCACCUUUGAUCAGUUGCGUGAAUUUGACGUGGAGGUCGAUGUUGUCGCCGGCAACGUUACUGGAAGUGGCCCCGGUGCCGAUAAGUGGUGGUCUUGGAUCGCCGAGCGGAUAUAG